AUGAAGAUCGAGUUCGCGCCGCGCAACAUCCCGCUGGCGCGGCGGCUGCAGACGGCGUCGGUGCUGCUGUGGCUCGUGCUCACAGUGCUGCUGGCAACGAUAUGUAUUAUCAUCUUUGCCAUCCUGAUCAUCAACAAUUAUUGGUUCCUUUAUAUCCCUUACCUUGUAUGGUUCUACUUCGAUUUGCAAACCCCGGCGCAAGGAGGCAGGAGGUGCCAUUGGAUCAGAAGCUGCAUAGUUUGGAGGUACUUUAUGGACUAUUUUCCAAUUCAUCUCAUCAAAACGCAGGAUUUGGAUCUGAGUCAUAACUACCUAUUUGGGUUUCACCCCCAUGGAGCCCUGACUGCUGGAGCCUUUGGGAAUUUUGGUACAAACCAUUCUGCCUUCAAGAAGCUGUUUCCUGGCUUCACCGCGUAUCUCCACAUCAUCUCGAUUUUGUUCAUUUGUCCUUUCUUCCGAGAUAUUCUGUUGACCACUGGCCUGGUCUCAGUCUCCAAGAAGAGCAUCUCCUCCAGGCUGAGCAGAAAGGGAGGCGGGAACAUUUCCGUCGUCGUCGUAGGGGGCGCUCCGGAGUUGUUGUACGCAUAUCCCGGAAGUUUCACCCUGUACAUCCGCCAGCGGAAAGGAUUUGUUAAACUGGCUUUGACCCAUGGGGCCCAUUUGGUCCCAGUGUUUUCUUUUGGUGAAAAUGAACUGUUUGACCAAAUCGGCGCCCGUGACCGCACCUGGAUUUGGAUUUUCCAGCAGAAGUUGCAGAAGUUUGUGGGCGGCAUUCUGCCCCUGUUUUACGCCAGAGGGAUUUUUCAGUACACUUUGGGCUUCAUGCCCUACCGGAAACCCAUCCACACAGUUGUUGGCCGCCCAAUCCCAGUUCAUCAGACUCUGCACCCAACCCGCCAGCAGAUUGAGGAGUUGCAUCAGACUUAUUUGGAAGAGCUCUCGAAGUUGUUUGAGGAGCACAAAGGAAAAUAUGGCAUCCCAGAACACCAAAAACUCAUUUUUAAAUGAUCACAUGGUCCAAAGAGCUGCCG